AUGGAUUCCAAUAAGCGGCGGCUCGGCAGUUUUAUACUCGCACGUGUCACAAGGGAGUUGACCACAUUGCCGCAAACAGGAGUCGACAAGAUUCAGCGAGUCCGACUUGGCAUCAGAGCAUGUGUUCUAAUGAUUCCCCUUCUUGGCAUCACGUGGUUGUUUGGUCUUCUCUCGCCUCUACACAAGGCUUUCACCUACAUCUUCACCAUUCUCAACUCUACUCAGGGUGUCCUGAUUUUCAUCCUGCACUGUAUGAGAAACAGUCAGAUAAGGGAGCGAUUGCGAGGCAAAAUUAAAAUAUUGAAGAUUGGUCAGAUUAGAGCUCGAAUGAAAGUUCGAAUGAACGCUGUUUCCCCAUCUCCAAACAACAGAAACUCAACCAAAAAGAAUGUAAAGAUGAAUCCAGCUGAUGGUGGUGCAGUGUGGGCAACUAAGUUGCACCCAUUCAGCUAAUAUGAGUUGAAAUAGGAAUAUCAUUAACUGAUGGAUUCAAUAGGCGGCGGGUAAAAGCCGAUUGUUAUGUUCCAAGGUUUUUUUUAGCCACGAUAAUUCUUCAGUCGCAACUGAUCAGUUUCCAAUGUCCUUCUGCUUGGUUGGAUUGUUUUUGUAAAUUAGAAAAAAAAGUUAAUAAGUCUUUCAUGAAGAGGUAGAGGCUGGUGAC